AUGGACAUUAUCCGUCAUUCUAUCCUAUUGAUCGUUCUCUUACCAUGCAUAUUGGCGGGUCUAGCAGAUGGCAAUCCCCAUCAUUACCAUGGAUCGACAUCACCUGAUCAUCGAGGCAAUUCUGACGGGCAUCCUCAUUAUCAUGCAGCAGUCGCUGGUAAUGGCAUACCAGAUGAUGAUGGGUAUUAUGAAGGUGAAGAGGAGGAAAUCCCAUGGACUUGGGCAGAUGUUCUUUCAGGUCGUGAUCAUCCAAUCUAUGGUCAUCCAGUGGACAUUGAUCAUACCGUGUAUUAUACCAAAACGGUGUGGGUAGAUCCCCCAGCCAAAACCACAGCAGCUGCAAGGCAUCACAACAACUAUUGA